GCACGCACGCGCGCACGCACACGCACAGAGCGGAUCGCGCUGUCGCUUCAUGCCGCCUACACUGCAGCUGCUGGACCGAACGCUAUAACCGUCUUACACUGCAAUCGGGGUGAGAUUACAAGAGAUCGCACCAUGUACCGUACGGAAGGUGUGGUGCUGACGCUCGUCGCUGCUUUGCAGGUGGUUUUGCAGGCUGUGGGGGCGAUUCCAUGCCAGCCAGCAUUCACCCAGGAAGAGUACAGCGUUGUCGUCAAUGACAUUAUUACGGAGGGACAGGCCCUGCUUAAAGUGAGCUUCAUGGACUGUGGCAGAGGUUCCAGUCUGCACUUUGACAGUGGCUACCCGGCAGAUUUUCGGAUAGGAAAAGAUGGCACGGUGUACGCUGCACAAACCCUGCGCAUGUCAGAUAGAAAGACAUGGAGCCUAGAGAUCAGUGCAAAGGAUAAGAAGACACAGGAGGUGUGGCUAACUUAUGUGACCUUAGCACUACCAGACACACCUAAGCAGGUGCCUGAGAUCAUGUUUCCAUGGCGCAGCGUUGUUGUCGGGGGUGACGGGAGUGUGAGCCGCGUGAAGAGAGACUGGGUCAUUCCUCCCAUCAAUGUCCCUGAAAACUCCCGAGGACAGUUCCCAGAGGAUCUUGUCAAAAUCCGUUCGGACAGAGAUAAGAUUAACACGCUGCGCUACAGUGUGACAGGACCAGGAGCUGAUCAGACUCCUACCGGCCUCUUCAUCAUCGACCCCAUCUCAGGACAGCUGUCGGUCACUAAGCCUCUAGACCGAGAGCAGAUCUCUAACUUCCAUCUGCGUGCUCAUGCUGUGGACAUUAAUGGCAAUCAGAUGGAGAAUCCCAUUGAUAUUGUUAUCAAUGUCAUCGACAUGAACGACAACAGACCAGAGUUUUCCCAUCAGAUCUGGAACGGCACGGUGGACGAGGGCGCCAAGCCAGGCACAUUCGUGAUGACAGUCACAGCACAAGAUAAGGACGAUCCUAACACAGCCAACGGCAUGCUGAGAUACAAGAUCCUCUCUCAGAGUCCCGAGACUCCCUCCACCAACAUGUUCACCAUCAAUAACAAGACUGGCAAAAUCAUCACUGUUGCUGCAGGCCUCGACAGGGAGAAAGUGUCCCAGUACACUCUGAUCAUCCAAGGCACUGAUAUGGAAGGAAAUCCGACAUAUGGCCUGUCCAACACUGCUACCGCUAUCAUACGUCUGCUUGACGUCAAUGACAACGCACCGGAGUUCACCAGAGACACAUUCUACGGCGAGGUGCCUGAGAACCGUGUGAAUGUCAUUGUGACUAAUCUGACAGUCACCGACAAAGACAAGCCAGGGACACCUGCCUGGAACGCCGUGUAUCGGAUCACAUCCGGCGACCCGACCGGACGCUUCUCCAUCCCCACUGACCCCACCACCAACGAGGGCCUCGUCACCGUGGUUAAGCCCAUAGACUAUGAGAUGAACCGUUCUUAUUUGUUAACCGUCAUAGCCGAGAACGAAGUGCCCCUGGCGGUAGGGAUCCACCGGACGCGCCAGUCGACAGCCACCAUUUCCAUACGCAUAAUCGACGUCAACGAGAGUCCUAACUUCGAACCCAACCCCAAACAGAUCAAAUUGGACGAGGGACUUCCUGCAGGGUCAAUGCUCACCGCAUUUAUAGCUCAUGACCCUGAUAGACACAUGCAGCAGACUAUCAGGUACUCCAAGCUAUUUGACCCUGCUAACUGGCUGGAAAUCGACCCAAAUAAUGGGCGAAUCUCCACUAUCGCCCUACUUGACCGUGAAUCCCCGUACGUCAGGAACAACCUCUACAAUGCUACCUUUAUGGCUUCUGAUAAUGGUAUUCCUCCUGCAAGUGGAACAGGCACACUGCAGAUCUAUCUGUUGGAUAUUAAUGAUAACGCACCACGCGUCUUUCCCCAAGAAAUCGAGAUGUGUGAGAGACCUAACCCUAAUGCUAUCAACAUAACAGCUGUGGACGGAGACCUGAACCCCAACGCCGGGCCAUUCGCCUUCGAGCUAGCCCACCGACCCGCUGAUAUCCGCCGCAACUGGACGCUUUCCCGUCUCAGCGGUGAUUAUGUCCAGCUGAGCCUAAGAAUUGGGUAUCUCCAGAGCGGAAUCUACGAUGUUCCCAUCAUCAUCACGGACUCCGGAAACCUGCCGAUGGCCAACACCUCACACUUGCGUGUGAAGGUGUGCCAAUGUGACCAUCACGGAGACUGCGUGGACAUGGAGCGCAUAAUGGCUGCCGGUUUAGGCACCGGAGCCAUCAUUGCCAUUCUCAUCUGCAUCAUCAUCCUGCUGGUGCUAGUGCUGAUGUUCGUGAUGUGGAUGAAGAGGAGAGAUAAGGAGCGGCAUGCCAAGCAGUUGCUGAUCGACCCGGAGGACGAUGUUCGAGACAACAUCCUGAAAUACGACGAGGAAGGAGGAGGAGAGGAGGACCAGGAUUAUGAUCUGAGUCAGCUGCAGCAGCCAGACACUCUCGAGCACGACCUGGUGAAGCCAGUUGGAAUCCGCCGGCUGGACGAACGCCCGCUGCACCCUGAGCCCAGCUACCCACUUCGCUCAGCCGCCCCGCACCCUGGAGACAUCGGAGACUUCAUCCACGAGGGUCUGAAGGCGGCUGAUACGGACCCCACGGCCCCCCCAUACGAUUCAUUGCUGGUGUUCGACUACGAGGGCAGUGGCUCUACGGCUGGCUCGCUCAGCUCACUGCACUCGUCCAGCUCCGGAGGCGAGCAGGACUACGACUACCUCAACGAAUGGGGACCAAGAUUUCGCAAACUAGCCGACAUGUACGGAGGAAACGACGACUAAAAAAAAAAGCGUCCAGGUGUUAUGGAAAAAAAAAACGAACGCUCAGUUACACUUGAAUCUCACAGUACAGAAGCACUGGGAUAUUAUGUGCCUUUUUGUACAUUUUUUUGACUGAUUGGUUUCCAUCCAUUGGCUUUAUUGGCUCUGAGUUUUGGAGUAGUUCUGUUGUGAGCCUGUUUAUAGAAAAUGGUUAUGCUUCGCCACGCUUCUGUUUGUACAUCACAGCAUGGCGCUCUUACACGCCAUCACGCCUCACCCCGAAGAAGAAAUGAGACUGACAGAACAGCAUUGUACAGUAGAAAUUAGAUGUCAAGUUUCAUGGCAUUGCUUCUUCUUCUUUUUUUUUAAAAACUAUUUACAGUUUACAGUUUUUUUUUGUUUGUUUGUUUGUUUGUUUCAUUUUCACCAAAAAAGUUUAACUUAUGCAGCUGGUGAAAAAAAGGGGAAACCUCAUCAUCAUUUGGUAGCGUAACCUUUUUUGUUAGGAUCCUGAUUUAUUAUUAUUAAAAUUAUUAUAUAAUUUUUCUUUCUUUUUUAUGACGUGUUUCACAAACAAAUAAAACUCAUAUUUUUGUUCGAUCUCCACCUGCCUUAGUCAACCUAUGGUAUUCCUUCUUUUGUUCCUUUUUUUAAACUGCACUGUAAAUUAAAUGUUGUGUACAUAGUUUUUUUCCCUUCUUUUUUGUUGUUGAUGUAGUCUAUGAGGAAAUACAAGGAGUAUGAAAGAGUUGUAUAUGUAUAAUUUCCUACAGACAAAAGGCAUUUUUUUUUGCAUGUUUCUAUCUUUUUUCGGUAUAAAAAGGUAUUUCUGAAAUCGAUUUACCUACAAAAAUCAUCAACAUGUCAACUGUUGGAGAGACUCAGCACCAGCGGGGCAGCAGCUUAAUCCAGAUAUGUAUACAACCCUCCCCUGUACCUGUUUAGGCUGUAUAUGCCAGCAGAAAUGAAUUAGAUUUAUAUUUUUUUAUUUUCUUUGGCUGCCUUGUGUCUAAAUUCGCUCAUUUCCUGUUACACAUUAUACAGACUGGUGAUAUCUUGUGUAUUUGAAGUGAACAACAUCAAGAUGGAGAAAAUUUUGGAAACACUGCUGCUGUCUCUCCAUUUAAAAAAGUGUGUGUGUGUGUGUGUGUGUGUGUGUGUGUGUGCGUGUGUGUGUGUUGAUUACAAGCUGUAGUCACAGAAGGGCCGAGCAGUACGGAGGUAAUUACCUGUCAAAAGUAAUUAGAACUAAAUGCAGUGCCAAAAUAUAUUUUUAAUGAAUUUCAAGUCUGUGGUCAAUUUUGUAAAUCUAUACCUUAUUCCAUUUGUGAAUCAUUUUCCACACUGCCAAAAAAAUCUAAUCUUAGCAAAGGGAAAUAUCUAAAAAUCUAGUCAAAAUCUUCUACUAUUUCUUAUCAUAAGGUUACAAUAAAUAAGUAUAUUUAUAUAUUUAUAUAUAUACAGUAUUGUGCAAAUAUCACCACCUCAUUUAUGCGUAUUAAAUUAAAUAAUGAAGAUUAAAUAAAAAAUACCUGAACAUAUAAUAAAACAAUUGGUUGUUUAUGCAAUAACCUCAGCAGCAACCUCAUUUCCCCUCUCGCCUGUUCCAACCAGCCAGCAUUCAUCAUCACCAGUAUACUAAUCACCGGCCUGAUCAUCUGUCAUCAUCUGCACUUGUUUCUCACUGGUUCAUGCUCUAAAUUAGAUGACUUUAUGCUUGAAUGAUUUAUUGGUCACUGUGUGGCUGUCUUGACAUUCUUCUGAAACUGAUCAUGUACAGGGACUGGACUGAAAAUAAGAGCUAAGUCCUUCAGGGAGCCUGGAGAACUAUUCUUUAAGGCUACAUAAAAAAAUCCCAAAAAGUCUGGAAACAAAAUAUGAAGAAAGACUCUUGCACGUUACAAUUACUUAGCUUUAAAUUGCUUUUUAUUCUUCUUCAUUAGAAAUGAAUGGGUAAAAUCUGCAAAAAUUGAAACAAAAAACAAAUCUGCCAACAGAACCAGAAAAUGAAUCCUUAAAAGCAGGAACAUUUUUCAGAAAUAGGCUUCAUAAUGGUAUUUUUAGUUUAUUUGAAUCUUUAUAAGAAUAAGAAAUAUUACAUUAAGAUAGAUUCGACUAGAUUCCAGAUAUGCUCUCUUGCUAAGAUGACCUUUGUUGCAGUGUGUACAGUUUAUAAUCCCUGUGCAUUAUUUUCCUCUCAUACUAUGAGUGUUGUUCCAGCCCUGUACUCUUCUAUGAAAACACAACCACUUUUAAAUCCACACAGAUUUGACAUGAUCGCAUGCUUUAACAGCGUAACCUUUUUUGUUUUUGUUGGGGUGAGGGGGGGGGGGGUGUAAAUGUAGCAUGAAAGAGUUCAUUAAUGAGUUCAUGAUUGCAACCUUCUCAUAAAACUGUAAUUGUUUUACAGACCUGACUAUAAAUUUGUUCCAUCAUUGCAUCCACAUACGUUUUGACAGGAAACUCCGCGAAGCAGCACUAGUCUAAACGACCAGUGUGUGUAAGUGCUCAAUACACACUCAGGUGACUGACAGCAGUCGAUCAACAGCUGCUUACUGAUUGGCAGCUACGAAGAGUUCAGUGAGCUUGUUUACUGUUACUUGUUGAUGUUAUGACCCAUCGCUGCCCAUCUGGCCAAUAAAAAUUUAAUUUU